UGAAUCCAGUUGGUGGCGUCUAGAGAUCACAUUCCAUUCGCCCAAGAAAGGAACGACUUUGUGCCCAAGAAAAAGCCUGAGGGCUGGUUGCACUACACUCUUUAUCUAACCGAGAACCUCAGAUUGAGUUUCGUACAUCGGUUAAAUCAUGAAUGCAACCAAACGAAAGUUCAACACUUUGAUACAGGGGAUCGGCGCCCGAUCACCUCACGUCCCAGACUUAGACGACCGAUAUGCGCCAAUCCAGGAUGAACCAACCGCAUCAUCGCCUCUGAGCCAACUAUCCGCCUCUAUCUCGACUCCCGAUGCCACCGCGAAGGCCAGCGCGCCCACACACGAUCCCCCUUCUCCCAGCACAGACCUAAAUAAACGGCGCCGUAUUGGUGUCGUCGAGAUGACACCUCCAAGUGGAAAAACAGGCACAACCACAAUAUCCAACGUGGUACUGAAGAAAUGGGCAGCAACACCCCCCAAAGUUGCUACACCACAGAAGGCGACCCCGAACGAGCCACCGAGGUAUUGCCCAAGCGAUCGUGAUGCCCUCAUUCGGCGCCUCGGGACCUUCCAGGAGCUAACAGAAUGGACACCCAAGCCUGAUAAGAUCAAUGAAAUUGAGUGGGCGAAGCGAGGAUGGGUGUGCCAAGGGGGGGAGCGAGUGCGCUGUACUCUGUGCAACAAAGAGCUUCUAGUGAAGAUCAACAACACAAAGAUCGUCGAUGGGAAACAGGUCCCUAUGGUUGUUGGCUCGGAUGUGGAACAAGGAUUGGCUAAGAGAUACUCUGAAUUGAUCAUUGAAGCACACGAGGAGGACUGUCUCUGGCGGAGGCAUGGCUGCGAUGAUUCUCUUCUAAGAUUGCCUCUGGCGGUACCACAAACAGCCCUCACUUCCUUGCGCGAACGCUACGACGACCUCUGCACCCGAUCAUCAUUCCUUCCAUAUAUAUUCAAUCUCCGUCUCUCUCCAGCCCUAGAUAUAAAAGCCGCCCACGCCCAACUUCCUCCAACAUUCUUCACCAAACCAACACCACCCAGCACGAAUUCCUCAACACCCAACGAUGUAGCUCUUACUCUAGCUCUUACCGGCUGGCAAGGCCUCACGAACUCGCGGAUCGGCGCCGUCCCUAACACAGCUACGUGCGCCACGUGUCUGCGAAGGCUAGGUCUGUGGAUGUUCAAAAGCAAAGAAGUCGACGAAGCCACCGGCGAGGUCCUCGUCCCCGCACCCAUGGACCAUCUCGACCCGGUCCGCGAACACCGAUUCUUCUGCCCCUGGCGCAGCGCAACAGCGCAGCAGAACCCGGGCGCCAAGACGAAGGACACAAAAGCGGGCUGGGAGAUCCUAGCACAGACGCUGAAGAACAGCGCAUAUCUACGCCAACAAGCCGGGAAGAGCGCCCAUCGCAACCCAUUCCAUCGCGCAGCUGCUUCCUUGCCAGGUACACCGUCGCGUAGUAACAAGCGAGACGUCGAGGAGCAAGAAAUCCUCGCCACACCUGAAAAGCCCGGAGGCGACGAAGAGGAGGACCUCGCCGCCAGAGACGCAAAGGAUAAAGAGCGAUGGGCGAAGCUCCGGAGAGUCAAGAGCCUCUUCGAUACGAAGGGCAGGAAGAAGCAGCAGCGGGCACUGAGCAGUCGGCCGGGGACGGCCAGUAGUCGGCCCCCGACGGCGCACUCGCGGCAGGAGAGCGUGGGCGGUGGCAAGGUAUAAGGGAUAAUGUGAAUCUGGGCUGAAUAUCUUUUCACUUUUUUCUUCCCUCUUUCUUAAGCUCAAGUCAUAUAGCUAGCGAAUUGGCAUUUAAUGUGAACCACGAUACCCGAUUUCUGAGCCUUUAAGACCGAAGCGUAAUACAUAUCCUUGGUCGAUAUUCAUAGCGUUUUAAACACGCGUUCUACUUCGGGUUCAUUUAUGUAUUAUAUACCACGGCGGUGUAACACGAUCUGGUCGUA